AUGGAGAAAGGAGUGAGAGCAAGUGAGAGGGACAACUCUGCAGUCAAGGCUGGUGAAGAAGUUGCAGGAGGUGCUCCAGGUACUGGAGCUGAGGUUCCCCUUCAGCCCCUGGCGCAAACCAUGGGUUUCUACAAGUACAGCAGCAUCAAAAAGAUUGAGAAAAAUGUUAGGCCACUGAUGAAGCAGAUGGGUGUCCUGGUAACAGAAGACACAGAGAAGGCAGAAUUACCGAAUGCCUUCUUUGCCUCAGUCAUCACUGGUGAGGAAGACUCUCAGAAGAUCCAUACUUCAGAGACUGUCCAGAGAGACGUUCUGUACAACCGCCAGCCCACCAACAGUCACCCAGACAGAAUUGGCAUUCGGGAAACUUCAAGCAGAGCGCGGAACGGCCCUGCGCUUCGACAUGAAAUCAAAUGCCGCACCGCUCCACCCCUCCUGCCAAACCCACCAUCCUGCCUCCACGGGGACCCUGAUAUCAAGCCCAGCAGUGAGGCCCUCGAUUCACCAUGCUCCCUCACGCCGGAGGCCCAGGAAUCCAUCACCAAGGUCCAGGAGGCCCUGUCUUCACGGCAAGCCCACUGCUAUGAGCCCAGCCUGCCCUUCCAGCUGGUUAUCCUGGCCGUAGAGGCCUGGCUAGUAGCACAGCCCCAGGAGAACGUGUGGAUCACCCUCGCAAAGAUGGUCCAACAAGAACACAUGUGCUUGUCCAUGGGCAGCGCCACCAACCCUCUGUCAUCCUGCCUAGCCAACCGGACCUCCUCUGUCCUGAGUGACCUCCUGACAGAUGAAGAGACUGUUAGGCAUGCCGCGCUACAAAACCGAGCUGCCAUAGACUUUCUGCUCCUGCCCCAUGGACAUGGCUGCGAGGAAUCAGAUGGCUUGUGCUGCUUUAACCUCUCCAGCCCCAGUGAAGGCAUCCACACCCACAUCCAGAGACUCCAACAUGAAGUCCAAGAACUCCAGACUGAAAAGGAACCCCAGUGGCUUGAAGACCUUUUUAUAGGAGGGCCCAGUAUGAGCAGCAGCCCCCUUCAGCAACAAGCAGACAAUACAUCACACCUCAUUCCCAGUGGGAAAGGCCUCUCUCCCAUCAGGGAAGUGGACUGGCUGAAGCAGAUUACAGAAAAUAAAAGAUACAGCUGAGAAGGUUUAGGAUUGAGAGGAGUUCCUGUACUACUUGUCACAACAGAAAUCCCCAGUUUCAGUUUCAAUGUGCUCCCUUCCCUCCAGACUUCAACCUUCUCUGACCUGAAUUCUCUUCUCUAUAUUGUCUUAUUUAGGUGUCAGAUCAGCUGAGUGUGUGACGGGGCCUUUCGCAGCAACAGGCAGCUGAAGACAGUCCUGCUGACCAGAAACCUGCUCGUGUUUCUGUCUGACACAGCAUUUGCUGGCCCACGUUCCCUGGAGCAUCUUAACACAGAGAGGAAUAACAUGUUCUUUAUUCUAGUGACAAAUCUUGACAGCUUAGGUAUCUUCAUCUUGGGCAGAAACCACAUCUCUUCACUGCAGCUUCCUCCCAGCUUUCCCACUCAAAACCUCAAAUGCCUCGGUUGUCAAACAAAUUACAUACAAGCAAUCACAGCAGAAGAUGUCCAAGCUCUGGAGAAGACCAGCUACGUGACUCUCAUCCUUAAAGGCAAUGACAUUACACACACUGAACCUGGAUCUUUUCAAUCCCAUUUCUACAGUUUGGACUUGGUGGGCUGUGCUGACAUCCCUGGGGUCUUGGCAGGGAUACAGAACUCCACAGCCCAGACCCUUUGGCUGGGAACAUUUUAUGGUGUGGAAAAGGAGCUGUACAUGAGCCCAGAUAUUUUACAAGGCCUCUGUAGUAUCUCUGUCAAGGAUCUCUAUCUGCAGUUAUGGCACUUCAGAAAUCUGAACACUGACACAUUUCAGUGCUUAACCAGGCUCCAAAAGCUGGACCUAACCCAAACCCACAUCCGUGCACUGCCCCCUGGCAUCAGUGGCAUGAGCUUGCUAGAGGAGGAGAUGGUUCUCAAUGCAAACUGCUUUGAGCACCUCUGCAACACCAGCUCUGCAGCCUUCCCCUCCCUCACCCGCCUUCACAUCAAGGGUAACUCACAGGUUCUGCAACCAGGCUCUGGAAAGCUUCAACAUCUAGAUUUAAAUCAGAGUCACACUGAAAGUUCUGACUGCUCUAGCAAAAGGCUGAGAGCUUUGAGCAGACUUCAUUACCUGAAUCUGAGCCGCAACACACUCCCUCUCCAGGACAGUGCUAGCCUAGAGCUGCUGGACUUACCCUUCAUUCCUCUCCAUAUCAGCACUUCACAGAGUCCUUUCCAAGAUCUGCAUCUCUAGCAAGUGAUGAAUCUUUCCUUGUCCCACAUUAAUAUUAGCAUUAGUAUUAGUAUUUUCAAGCAUCUCUUUCAGAGCUUGAAAAACCUCAUGUUCUUGGACCUUAGUCAAAAUAACUUUGAGUUGGGGAUUAUGCCAAAGGACAAACUGUUCUAACAACUAUCCAAUUUAGAGGUGCUAAUAUUAUCAUCCUGUGAACUGACAGCAAUAGGUAACCAAGUAUUUCACAACCUCAGGAAGUUACAGCAUGUUGACCUGAGUGACAGUAAAUUUACUGCGUUCAGCACAGAUGCAUUUUCAAAUUUCAAGAGUAUCUAUCUUAAUUGUGCCUAUAACAGGAUCCACAUUGUACCAGGUGACCAGCUAGUACCUCUGGAUGGCCACUGCAUAAUCAAUUUAAGCUACAACCUCCUGGACUGCACCUGCUCUAAGAUUGAUUUAAUCACCUGUUACAAGCAACUUCUGGAUAAAAUUGAAGACCCUGAAGGAAAGGCAAAUUGGGUUCAGCUGGCCACCAUCUCACUCUCCUGUGGGAAGGACACGUCAGGAAUCAUUGCAGUUGCCGUGGCUGUUUUAUCCUGUAGUGCCAUUUUCAUUUGGGGUGCUCACUACUUCAAGCAAAAUUACCAGCAACUAUAA